AGCAGGGGCACAAUUCGUCGCCGCACUUUGCCGACAGGCUCGCAUAUUCUCGCAUGAAUGGAAAGAUAUUAGCGGUAAAAGCCUCGAGCCAGGAAUGAAAAGUGGAUGCGGACAUUUCCCGAAUUAACGUCCGUCCGUGGAUUUAACGUGGAGACGCUUCUCCCUGUUUUCAGCCUCGCUGUGUUUCUGUUUGUUUGUGUGUAGAGCGGGAGCCAAGUAGCUGCUAGCCUCAAGCUAACAGUCAGUAAGGCUAGGUAGCUUUAGCCUGCCGAGCUAGUCAGCCCUGCUCCAUCAACACAGAGCCACAGCAGAGCCAACAUGAUGGAAACUAUCCUCGACCUCCCGGUGGAGAAGAAGAUCUUUUAUGCUGUUCUGGGCUUUUCGUGGACAGUGUAUCUGUGGGAGGCGUAUCUGUCUUACAGACAGAGGAGGAUAUACAGAUCAACAACACAUGUACCGCAGGAGCUCGGGAAGAUCAUGGAUUCUGCAACAUUUGAGAAGUCACGUCUUUAUCAGCUGGAUAAAAGCAACUUCAGCUUUUGGUCUGGACUCUACUCCGAGACUGAGGGGACGUUGAUCCUGCUCCUUGGUGGAAUCCCGUUUCUGUGGGGCGCCGCUUGCUCUGUGACAAGUCGCAUUGGAUUUGGUUCAGAGUACGAGAUCACCCAGUCCCUCGUGUUCCUGAUGCUUGCCACCCUCUUCAGCGCCAUAACUGGACUUCCCUGGAGUUUGUACAACACAUUUGUCAUUGAGGAGAAGCACGGCUUUAACCAGCAGACGUUGGGGUUCUUCCUCAGAGACGCUGUGAAGAAGUUCGCUGUGACCCAGUGUAUCCUGCUGCCUGUGACCUCACUGCUCCUGUACAUCAUCAAGAUAGGGGGCGACUACUUUUUCAUCUACGCCUGGCUCUUCACCCUGGCUGUCUCUCUGGUACUUGUCACCAUCUAUGCUGACUACAUUGCUCCGCUGUUCGACAAGUUCACUUUGCUGCCCGAGGGAGAGUUAAAGACGGACAUUGAGGUUAUGGCCAAGAGUAUAAGCUUCCCCCUCACUAAGGUUUAUGUCGUAGAAGGUUCCAAGCGGUCAUCGCACAGCAAUGCAUACUUCUAUGGGUUCUUCAAGAACAAACGCAUCGUGCUGUUUGACACUCUUCUGGAGGACUACUCUCCUCUCAACAAGUCUGGAGAGACACAGCCUGAGCAGCCAGAGAGUGACGAGUCAUCUGGUGAAGCCAAAGCCAAGCCCAAGAACAAGAAACAAGGCUGCAACAACCCAGAGAUCCUCGCAGUGCUGGGUCAUGAGCUCGGUCACUGGAAGCUCGGUCACACUGUAAAGAAUAUGAUCAUCAGUCAGAUGAAUUCCUUCCUGUGCUUCUCCCUAUUCGCUGUUCUGAUUGGACGUAAGGAGCUGUUUGUAGCUUUUGGCUUCAAUGACAGUCAACCCACAUUAAUAGGCUUGAUGAUUAUCUUCCAGUUCAUCUUCUCCCCGUACAACGAGCUCCUGUCCUUCUGUCUUACGGUUUUGAGUCGCAGGUUUGAGUUCCAGGCAGAUGCCUUUGCACAGGGCCUGGGCAAGGCCUCCGAGCUCUACUCUGCCCUCAUCAAGCUCAACAAGGACAACCUGGGUUUCCCUGUGGCUGACUGGUUGUUCUCCAUGUGGCACUACUCCCACCCUCCCCUCCUGGAGCGCCUCAGAGCACUGGGCAACGCCAAGCAGGACUGACGGGGCUGGAAGGGGGAGCGGCGCCCGCUGCCUCCUCCAAAGGGCCUCCGCAGACCGCUCCUGGCCCUGUGAUGCAUCCCGGUCUUUCUUUACCCACCUGCAGCCCCUCAUCUUGUUUUAUCUUCUUUCUCGUUUUUCCAUUUUGCUCCCUUUAAACUUUGUUUUAAACAAAACCAAAACAUAUCAGCACAAGGCAGCCUAAAAGAAAAAAUCAAACGCCUGUACUGAAGUCUCUGCUCUUUUCUCUAGAGACACAAUGCGCUUGUAGAGAAAUACUUCAGGGCAAUGUGUGUUUUACAAAUAUAUUGUCAGAGCACAAUUUGCAGACAGUUCAGUUUUUGAAAUAAUACCUAUAACUUUAUUUUUUUUAUCUUAAAAUUAAGAAAAAAAAACUUGGAUUUUCACUUGUAAAACUGUUUUUGGUGUGAUAGUAGGAAGAAGGUUAUAAAGCAGUAUAACACAAAUAAAACGGGGAACAUGUGGUCAAGCUAGGUUUGCAGACAGAUGACUUCUUAUACAACCCAUGACAAUACUUUUUGCAAACACACAGGCCAGAAUUUGAUUUGUCCCUCAAGUGCAACUGUAAAUUUUAUUUAAUUUUAAUUUCAAUGCAUUGUCCCCAAGCAAGCUCAAGAGAACACGUGUUAAUUCAGUCUUCAAAUCCCCAGUUUUGUAAGAGGAAUAAUGUAGAUACUUUAUUACAGUAAUACAAUGUGAGUGCCUCUAAUUGUUGCUGUUUGUUCAGAAAAUGGAAACAUUGUGAACAGCAGUGCAGAAGAAAUUUUCAUUUGAAAUUCGGUUAGACUUGUGGUUUUUAUUUUCUACAUGCAUUGGGGAGGGUCAUUUUACUUUUUUCUAAAGCACUUGCUCGCCAACAAAGGGUGCAACCAUACCUGUAUAUAUGUAACUUUGAUGAGUAGAGUAUUGACGUAUGAAGUGAAUUGUGAAAAAUGUUGAAUGUGGAUUGAAAUUUUAAGUUGAUAGCUGGUGUUUUUUAUUUUCUUCUCUUGGAUUUCGGGCCGGAGUGAGCACAGAGUUGCCUGGAAAGUAAAGUAUUUAUAGGCAACUUCAGGGACGGUGUCUGCGAGGUUCCUUUCACCAAUAAGCCAGUGCUUGGUUUGUUCAAAGAGGGGACUGUAUACUUCCUUUGCAGCAUUGAAUAAAGUUCUUCAAAGCA